CAUAUACGGCAGCAACUCCCAUGUACACCAGGUUUACCUUGUUUACAGAAUUUAUUUGGACUAACGAAGCCGAGGGCGUGAAGAUAAUGAUAUCAUGUAAGCCAAAAUUUUCCGCGCCCAAAACUAGUCAUGCGAUGUUUUAUUUUGUAAGGUCAGGUGACUCUCACCUGAUAAAAAAGUAUAAAGAAUUCGAUCGUCAUCCUCUUUUGGACUUGAUGAUGACACCCACAUACCUUGAUUUUUCUGACAUAGAAAAAGAAAAGGAGAAAUGCAAACUUCGUAUGUAUGCAAAGACGGCUGUACGAAGUUGCACGAUCUCUCACAUGCUAACCUGUUCGCUGAGGGGUAGCGAGCGUACGGAUAUCGUUUUCGCAAAGGAAACGGCAUUAGAAUUAUUGGAGAUCGUGGAUGAGGGAACUCUCAAUUCGAUCAUCGAACAGUCUGUAUUCGGCACGAUAAAAGAUAUUCGAGUACUUCACUGUGUAUUUUCGGAGCCCGUAUUAUACGAUCCGAUUGAGGGGAAGGAAUGCGUAGAUCCGGAAAAAAAUUCAGAUCUUCGGGUCAUUCCCGGUCAGGAUAUUCUGGUGUGUUUGUCGGAUUCCGGAACCUUAUCAUUCCUCGCAUAUACGGAGCGCGCGUCUCCAGAUGUGAUCAAGGGAAAAGGAAAAGCCAAUAUCGUGCGAUACAUUGGUGUUUCGAAUUCCGACAUUGCGAGAAUGUCCGGAAAGUUCCAGUCGAUUAAAGAGAAUUGUGGUUUAAAUUGUUUUAUUGUCAUUAAGAUACAUUUGGCGAAGCCUGGAUUUGAUUUUAAAGACCUCGGACGAAUUGUUUGCGUUGAUCCCAUGGGUCGUCUAAUAGCAGUGGCGGCUUGGUAUAGUGCCGUCCAGAUAUUCUCGCUUCCAAAUGAGUCAAUAUUUAGUUAUGACUCAUCAGACAAAGGAAAAUCAUAUUCACAAGAGGGAGUAAUUUGGAAUAUGACAUUUUUAUAUUCUUCUGAUGAAUCUCGAGCCUUAUUGGCAAUGGUGGUUGUCGAUGAUGAACAGAAGAGUGCUCGUAUUGUGAUUUAUAAUUUCUUGGCGACCGAGAAACUCAACAGUGACGCGAAAUCAACGAUGAUUUCCUUGGAAAAAGCGCUGAUGUCCGCAUUCGCUUAUCCAAUGGAUACCUCGGUUUUAAAACGAACCGCAGCAUUUUCACAGUCACCGAAUCAGUAUGUCUAUGCUGGUAUGGAAAAUGGGGGUUUAUAUAGGAUUGACAUUAUCUCGGAAAAAAGCAUUGGGUUCACAUUGGUGCGAAGUGAAGGGAUUAAUCCUGUAGGAUCUAGCAUGACCACAUUAUGCCUUGACCCUGAAAUUGGUGAUUUUGUGCUACUAAGUGGAGAUAUGAGUGAUGGUGUUGUUGUCAGGUCCAACCCAAAAUCUAGAGCUGAGAUAACAUAUGAGAUACCCAACUGGGCCCCCAUGUGGGAUUUUCAAAUGCUCGAUCUUAAUCAGGAAGGUCACAAAGUAAUAUUUUCAUGCAGUGGUCGAGACCAACAGGGGUCAAUCAGAGUAAUUAGAAAAUCAGUUGGUGUUAAUGUGUUGUCAUCAUCUGAUUAUGGAUUUGAAGGAGUAGUUUCACUCUGGAAUUUGAAGUAUGACGUAAACGAUGCUGCGGACACAUUUUUGGCUUUAACUUUUGUCGAAUCGACACGAUUGAUGCAAAUGACUUCAGAAGGACUUGAUGAUAUUAGUUAUCAGAGUGGAUUCAAUCUUGAGGUUUGCUCAAUAUUGGUGACUUCUUUUGAGUCAAGACCAGGAUACCUGGUUCAAAUUUAUCAAGAGGCAAUCAUUGUGUCAAAGCCCAACACUUUUGAUGGAUCGAGAACCCCGGAUAGGAGUAUUGAGAAAUACCAAUGGUUAACUCCAGAAAACAAACGUAUAGAAUUGGCGGCUAUUUAUGGUUCUUUAGUUGUGAUGAGCUUGACGAAUGGAAAUAGCAGCAUGAUCUUUGUUCUUGAGCUCUACUUUGAUACAACACCAAUUAUAACCUUUUCCAUAGACGCGACAAAUAAGAUAAUCAUACCGGAAUCGAUCUGCAUUGUUGGGAACGAGGAGAGAGCUUACUUCUUGGCUGGUAACAGGGAAGGGGCCAUCACAACACAAACUUUAAUAGCUGAAAAUAAGUUGCAGUUAUCCCAACCGAUCUCUAGACGAAUCGGUGCAUUUCCUGUUAAAUUGAUAGUUCCGAAUUCGAAUAUUCUGCUGCCGGUUGACGAAGGGACCGAGGCAGUUUCGAGAUUUCAUUGUUCCCUCGGGAAUCAAGUCAUACCCGAGGAUCAACCUAUGGAGGUGCUAGCAUUGGAAGCUGGAAUUGAAAUUGAAUCCCAAGAGUCUUCGCCCGAGAUUAGAUGGGAUGUCAAUCAGGAUAUCGUCAAACCGAAUAAUGUCGUUGUCGGAUGCUCUCUUUUAGGGAGUGUCUUUUCGUUUACGAGAAUUGUCAUAAAAGAUUAUAAUCUUUUGUUAGGUCUACAAACUGCGCUUGAAAGCUGGUCAACUACUCGUCCUUGUCUAGGGAAUAACAACGAGCAAUUUAGAAAGCUGUUUCAUGACGAUUCGACGAAUCUUGUGAUCGACGGGGAAAUGGUUUCUCAAUUUUUAAAGUUAUCUCGAAGCGAACAAUGUAAGGUCGUUGAUAGCCAUCCGAAAUUGAUCGAAGCGGGCACAAUUUUUCUUCGCGGAGAACAAUCCCAAUCGGAAGAAGAAUUGCAUAAUCCGCCACAGAUCGAUAUUCUUGAGCAUCGAUAUGAUAUGGAUGAGGACUUUCCAAUACCCAUUUACCAAAAUGAGGAUUAUGAAAUGAAUGUCGACCGUGAACCUUUGAUGGAACAAGAUGUUCCGGAAAGAGAAUUCUUUGGCGUUGACAAAACCGAAGAUCGCGUUGAUGGAGGUCUGGGGAUAUCCCAGGGCACACACGUGGCGUCAACCGAGGAAAUCGUGGAUGCUCUGCAGAUGAGCAUUUUUAUAUUAUGGCUCCUCUUAAUGGUGUUGUUCAAUAAUCAUUUAGAAAAUGACCAAAAUUUCAUGAGUAAAAAGACAACGGGUCAGAAACAAACGUCAACAAUGACCAUUGCUGGUUCCAUUCUGUUAAAGCAGAAGUGA